AUGGCGUUCAUUGUCGCUGCCAUCCUGUUUGCCACCGCUGUCCAGGCAUUUCCAUCUCUCAGCGCGCGACAGAGUAUUACUGCUCUGGCGACGUCUCAGAUCGACCAAUUCACACCGUAUACCUAUUACGCUAGCGCAGGAUACUGCACAAACAUGCAGACGCUCGCAUGGGAUUGUGGCACCAACUGUGAUGCUAAUCCGGGAUUCAAACCGGUUGCCUCCGGAGGCAACGGUGACUCGAUUCAGUACUGGUUCGUCGGAUAUGACCCAAAUUUGGAUACGGUGAUCAUAUCUCACCAGGGCACUGACACCUCGGACAUUCUGCCUCUCAUCACGGAUGGCGACUUCUUUUUGACCGCCCUAGAUCCGACAUUGUUUCCGGGUAUCAACUCAGAUAUUAAAGUUCACAAUGGCUUCAAAGACGCUCAGGCCAGAACUGCCACUGAUGUCCUUGCCGCCGUCGAAUCCGCCAUGUCCAUCUAUGGCACCGAGUCGGUUACUAUGGUCGGUCACUCUCUUGGCGCUGCGAUCACCCUACUUGAUUCUGUAUAUCUUCCCCUCUGGCUUCCUUCAGGAACGACUUUCCGCACCAUUGGUUAUGGCCUUCCUCGUGUUGGGAAUCAAGCAUUUGCUAAUUAUGUCGACGGAAAUCUCCAUCUCACGCACAUCAAUAAUGAAGAGGACCCAAUACCCAUCUGCCCCCGGUAUGUUCUUGGGCUAUGUGCAUCCUGCAGGCGAGGUGCACAUCGAGGACUCCUGGUGAAUGGGCUUCUUGCCCCGGUGAGGCAAGAUAACCCGAGCACUCAGUGCAUUGUUGGUGAUGUCCCCGAGAUCUGGGAUGGUGACGAGUCUGACCACGAUGGGCCAUAUAAUGGUGUCGAGAUGGGAUGCUAA